CACAAACUUCCACCAAAGACUUCAAUGUCUGGUACGGUAUCGUCGUCUCUAAAACUGAGAAAAACAUCGUGCACAUCAUCCGUGAAACGAUGGUUUCUCAGUUUUAGAAUCUGCUAUACUCGUAAUCCGUGUUACACACCCUAAUCGGUUGAAGAUUCUCGUUCAUUCUAAUGCAAUGUCAUCACCUCUGAAACUCAAGAACAUGUCGUCUUCGAAGUCGAAUCUCUGAUUCUUUCUUUGUUCAGUAAACGAUGUGUUCUUGUGUUUCGAGGUUAUGACGUUGGUUAACAAUCAUAACUUAUUUCGAUAUGUCUAUGUUGAUUCAGUUGAUGGAGGAAGAGAUUAAAGCGGGAAAGUUUCUUGAAUUUGCUGCAGUUCAUGGAAAUCUUUAUGGGACUAGUGUAGAAGCUGUUGAGGUUGUUGCUGAUGCUGGAAAGAGAUGCAUCCUUGACAUUGAUGUUCAAGGAGCAAGGUCUGUUCGGGCUAGUUCUCUUGAGGCUAUUUUCGUCUUUAUUUGCCCUCCCUCAUUUGAGGAGCUUGAGAAGCGCCUUCGUGAAAGAGGGACAGAGACUGAAGAACAGAUCCAGAAAAGGCUUAGAAAUGCCAAGGCUGAGCUUGAACAAGGAAAAUCUUCCGGCCUUUUUGAUCAUGUUUUGGUGAAUGAUGAUCUUGAGGCUUGUUAUGAACGGCUUAAGAAAAUCUUGGGUCUUGAUGGAAGCUCUGAUGCUACCCUAAAAACGCAAACUGAGGUGUUUGAUUUGCCAAUGGAUUUCUCAUUAUCCAAAAUCAACGAAAAGAUCCUGAUAAACAGUGGGAUUGAUGAGCGAAGGAUUGUGCUGGACUUAUCUUCCAUGAAAGGUGGGGCCCCUGGGAGGACAAGAGGGCUAUGUAUGUACACAACUGGCAACUGAUGGUGUCAGCCUUUUUCGAUACUAACUUUAGUAAUGAAUUUCUAUUUGAUUUAUAAUUUUAAGGAAAACCCAAAAGGAUUAACUUCAGGAAAGGAGAAUAGUGGUAGUUUUUUGAUAAUUAUUUUUCUAGAUUUCGGUCAUAUUGAUGAUUUAGAAGUAGAAAAAUGAAGUAGCUUUUGCCAUAUUGCUUUGUAUUUGACCAAAACUGAUUUGAUUCUUUAAACAUAUGGAAACAGAAAAGGAAUUUUACUCU